UGAGUCCUCCGGCAAUUGCAGUUACUGGAUCACUCCAUAGUUUCUCAUGUUGAAUUCCUAAUUGGCGAAGUCUUGAGUUGUGAGUCGUAAUUCGCAAUUCGAGGGAGUUGGGAAAGAUGAUGGUCGAUCUGGGAGCAUUCUCUGAGGAGAAAUUCGAUGCGAAGAAAUGGAUUAAUGCGGCGAGCCAAACCAGGCAUCCUCAGGAUCCAGUGGAGAAGCACUUAGCGGAUCUUGAGAUGAAGUUGCAGAUGAUGUCCGAAGAGAUCGCUGAGUCUCUCGAGGAGCAGAGCAGCGGUGCUCUUCUUCGAGUACCCCGUGCUGGCCGCGAUGUCAUUCGCCUCCGUGAUGACGCCAUUUCUCUCCGCAAUUCCGUCUCCGGCAUCCUUCUCAAGCUCAGAAAGGCAGAGGGCUCCUCAGCUGAAUCUAUAGCUGCACUUGCAAAAGUCGAUACAGUCAAGCAGAGAAUGGAAGCUGCAUAUGAGACACUACAGGAUGCUGCUGGAUUGACUCAAUUAAGUGCUAGUGUGGAAGAUGUGUUUGCCAGUGGCGAUCUUCCUCGUGCUGCUGAAACUUUGGCUAAUAUGAGACACUGUUUAUCUGCUGUUGGUGAGGUUGCCGAGUUCGCUAAUGUUAGAAAGCAGCUUGAAGUCUUGGAGGAUAGGCUAGAAGGAAUGGUUCAGCCUCGUCUUUAUGACGCUUUAUCCAAUCGCAAGGUUGAUGCUGUUCAAAAUUUACGGAAAAUCCUCAUUCGAAUUGGAAGGUUCAAGUCCUUAGAACUGCAUUAUACAAAAGUUCACCUAAAGCCAAUAAAACAACUCUGGGAAGAUUUUGACUCCAGGCAGCGAUCUAAUAAGCUCGCAAGCGAAAAGCAUGAUGGCGAAAGGCUACCUAGUAUUAAUGACUCAUCAGCUAGGUUGCCCCCUCUUUCUUUUCCCAGUUGGUUGCCGAGUUUCUACGAUGAAGUACUGCUCUACCUUGAACAAGAAUGGAAAUGGUGUAUGACUGCAUUUCCUGAUGAUUAUAGAGCACUUGUCCCAAAGCUACUGAUUGAGACAAUGGCGACUUUAAAUGCAAGCUUUGUUUCUCGCAUCAACCUUGCAACUGGAGAUGUUGUUCCUGAGACAAGGACAUUGGCUAAAGGUAUACUGGAUAUCUUGCCCGGAGAUAUGCCAAAAGGUACUAAGAUUCAGACUAAGCAUCUUGAGGCACUGAUUGAACUGCACAAUAUGACUGGUGCUUUUGCGAGGAAUAUCCAGCACUUGUUUUCGGAAUCUGAUCUUCAGGUUUUAUUGGACACACUGAAGGCUGUCUAUUCUCCUUAUGAAUCAUAUAAACAGAGGUAUGGGCAAAUGGAGCGUGCGAUUCUUUCUGCUGAAAUUGCAGCAAUAGAUCUUAGAGGGGCUGUUGCUCGUGGUGUGGGUGCCCAAGGAAUUGAACUCAGUGAAACAGUUCGAAGAAUGGAGGAAUCCAUUCCACAGGUCAUUGUGCUUCUUGAAGCAGCCAUAGAGAGGUGCAUCAGCUUUACGGGAGGUUCUGAGGCAGAUGAGCUUAUUCUUGCACUUGAUGAUAUCAUGUUGCAGUAUAUUUCUGUGCUGCAAGAAACACUAAAAUCCUUGAGAGCUGUAUGUGGAGUAGAUAUUACCAGUGAUGGUGUUGGACUAAAGAAGGAAAUGGGAUCUGACAGAAAAGAAGGAAUUCACAACUCACGUAAAGUUGAGGCAGUCUCAGAUGAGGAGGAGUGGUCCAUUGUUCAAGGAGCAUUGCAGAUUCUUACUGUUGCAGACUGUCUAACAAGCAGAUCCUCUGUCUUUGAAGCUUCCCUAAGAGCUACUCUUGCCCGGCUCAGCACAAGUUUAUCCCUUUCUGUAUUUGGUUCAAAAGCAGACCAGAAACAAUCACUUGUGGCUAGUGAUGGUGAAAAUGGGGAAUUAUCUAUGGUGGGAAAGGCAUCUCUGGAUGUGGCAGCUUUGCGGCUUAUUAAUGUUCCUGAGAAAUCUAGGAGACUCUUUAACCUAUUAGAUCAGUCGAAAGAUCCCCGGUUUCAUGCACUUCCACUUGCAUCUCAGAGAGUUGCAGCUUUUGCAGAUACUGUUAAUGAACUCGUCUAUGAUGUCCUCAUAUCUAAAGUAAGGCAACGCUUGAGCGAUGUGUCCAGGUUGCCAAUAUGGUCUUCAGUAGAGGAGCCUAGUGCUUUCCCUCUCCCAAGCUUCAGUGUCUACCCUCAGUCAUAUGUGACCGGUGUUGGAGAAUACCUUCUUACUCUACCUCAACAAUUGGAGCCACUAGCCGAAGGAAUCUCUAGCAGUGACGCCAACACUGAUGAAGCCCAGUUCUUUGCGACCGAAUGGAUGUUCAAGGUUGCCGAGGGUGCCACUGCACUUUACACGGAGCAAUUACGAGGGAUUCAGUACAUAACUGAUCGUGGAGCCCAACAGCUAUCAGCCGAUAUUGAGUAUCUGAGUAAUGUGCUGUCAGCUCUGUCAAUGCCAAUUCCUCAAUUCCUAUCUACUUAUCAUUCCUGCCUCUCAACCCCAAGAGACCAGCUCCGGGAUCUCUUGAAAUCAGAUGCAGCAAACCAGCUUGAUCUUCCAACUGCACAACUUGUGUGCAAGAUUCGGCGUGUGACUCUAGAUCAGUGAUUAAUCAUUCAUUUUUUCAUGAUAUGCAGUCAUGG